AUGGCGCGGCCAAAUCAAGAGGAGAUCGGCCAGGGUAGCGAAGCUCGCGGAAAGGUUCCAACCUGCCGUGAUAGACUCUGGCGCUCUGAGAUCGAAGCUGCCAUCGAAUCCACCGAGGCGCAGGCAGCCACUCUCGAGGAUCGCCGUAGACAGCGCACGCCAUGUCGUUGUCCCGGAGGAUGGGGUCACAACCAAUAUGACUUUGAAGUCAAUAUGAUUUUCUCUGACCGGGCAGAGACCUCCAUCCACUAUGAUUCAAGCUUCUUUAUUGGCUCAUAUGGCAGACCCAAGAAGAAAUAUGAACAGCCAGACAGGGUUUAUGGGUUGGUCCAAACGGAAAAUUUCAAGGUAUUACUGGAUUCAGCCGACAAACGUGUGCCUUUGGAUGAGGAUACAAGAAUUUUACGCCACACGCUUGAGUCGUCGCCGUUCAAGAGGGACCGUGAGCCGCUUUUGUUUCCGUUUCUUAUUGUUGAGGCAAAACCUGACACUGUUGGGGACUCGGCUGCGGUAGAAAUGCAGACGGCUUUUUGCAUUAGACGGCUCCUGAUGUUGCAGGAUGGACUUCGUGCUGCAACUGGCGUGAAGUCACGGUGGCAUGCAGGAUCACUGGUGUGGUUUUUUGCCUACCAUGGCAAUGAAUGGAGCAUCAAGGCUAGUUUCACAGACUACGGAGAUAGCUCUAUUCCAAGUUAUUGUACUGUGGAUUUAUGGAAGGGAGAUAUAUGCAACAAAAGUUGCGCUCUGCAGCUUUUGCUGAUCGUGGAUUAUAUAUUUGACUGGGCUCGUGACGUGUACAGACAAUCGAUCCUGACCGAGUUGCACAUCUUGACGGGCCGAGAGACGCUGUCUACUGACCCUGAUAUAUUUUCCACUAUUGGGCGAAGGAAUUCGAGGAUCCCAUCGGAAUGGCCUAAUCCCUCUCAGGAGAUAGGCAGUGAUAAUGGGGUGUUGGACAAUGGUGAUGAUGAUGAUGAUGAUGAAAAAGGGGCCACCAACUCUCCUUUGAUUACCAGUCGCCAGUCCCUUGGUAUCGUGAAAGAUGCUUCCACCAUCCGAUCUAGAUUUUUGUCACUUCAAAUAACCGAAAAAGACAUAGACAGCUUACUACUUUCAUUCGCAACAGUCGAAGCUGAAAACAAUGCUGUGCGUACAAUGAUACAGUGCUUGGACCAUUCAUGGCGAAUGACAGCCGAAGCACUGUCGGGACUUGAAGGCCUGUGGUCUAAUGUCAGGUUAAGAGAAGACAACCGCGAUCCGGAAGAUGUGUUCCACGUCAGAAUCGUCAUCCUCAUGCAUGUAUCGGUGGAUUGGGUUCCUGUUCGACAACUGACCUACCUCGCGAUCUCCGAAGGGGCCCUCAAAGUUCUCAUGUCCAGAACUGGAUUAUCCGUAGCUUCGUCGGGCCUCCAAACUGAUUUCGUUGGGGUGCCGGCCAUUAAAAAAUCGGAGAUAGAGGCCUUUGUAGCUUCUAUCAUGGAACAAUCCAUAGUCGAUAACUUGACAGCAGCCACCUCUAUGCUUUGUUUAUCUAGCCACUUUUACCGGCAGGCUGGCAAGAUUCCCAAAAAAUGGCACCUCAAGAGGUCAGGUAAAUAUUUUGUUGGCUUUAGUUUGGAUGGAUCGCCUUCUGUCCUUGAACUAGUCGAGACUAUCUAUGAGUCGCACAAGAUAGGUAGAAGGGAGCCCACGGACCCUUACAUUCGAUUUUCACAGAAUGAGGCUACGCAGACGAUUAAGAGCAGGGAGUUUUGCAUGUGGCCGCAACUAGACCAUAUUUGCCAGGAUACAAAUGGCUGUGCCUUAGUUGACGGCUUGAAUCUUCAUACAAAUGGCGCAAGGUACUGCUUGUAUAUUUUAACUCGACGUGAUUUUGAAGCAUCGACUAUUCCCUAUAUUGUCGAGAGCCUAGCCGAGGGAGGGCUUUACUACUCCACUAUGCAAAUAGGCCCCAAUCUUCGCCCUGGUCAGUACUUCAAGUAUCUCAACGAGCCUACAAUAUCACGUCGACUUUGGAGAGAUGUGGAGACUCUUAGUUCUUUGAGAGAAUGGAUAGAAGGCCUCAAGCAGACUAGGCUGAUCGGAGAAACUGGCGAAACCCCAGACUCUCCUAUAGUUCUCUCAUCUGACGAGGAAUCUAUGAAUGACGACUACAUGGAUGAGGAUUGA